AUGGGUUGCGGCGAGAAGGACUGCGACGGCACCGACGGCCACGGCCACGGCCACUCCCACGGUGGCGACGCGCAAGCGCACGGCCACUCCCACGGCGACGCGGGCGGCGACGCCACGCCGCUCAUCCAGGACGGCGAGGGCAAAGACGGGAUCGUCUACUAUCGCGCUCCCGAUGGGCGCGUGCUCCACUCCCAUGAUGGGCUCAAGCCACACUCGCACGAUCCCAUCCCGUCGCCCGGGCACUUCGAACGAAGGCGCCCGCGGAAGGAACGCGGCGACUACGACGAGCGCGCCUUCACCGUCGGCAUCGGCGGACCAGUGGGGACCGGCAAGACGGCGUUGAUGCUGCAGCUCUGCAGGCACUUCACCAAGGAGAGUCGAGACAUCUGCGCCGUGACCAACGACAUCUUCACGCGCGAGGACGGCGAGUUCCUCACGCGGCACGAGGCUUUGGAGGCUGGGAGGAUCAGGGCGGUGGAGACCGGCGGGUGCCCGCACGCGGCGAUCCGCGAGGACAUCUCCUGCAACCUCACCGAGGUUGAGAAUCUGACCAGGGAGUACUCCCCCGAGUUUGUGCUCCUCGAGAGCGGCGGCGAUAACCUGGCCGCCAACUUCUCCCGCGAGCUCGCCGAUUACAUAAUCUACGUCAUCGACGUCUGCGGCGGCGAUAAGAUCCCGCGCAAGGGCGGCCCAGGCGUCACCCAAGCCGACCUGCUGGUCAUCAACAAGACGGAGCUCGCCGACGCGGUGGGCGCGUCGCUGGAAGUGAUGGCUCGCGAUAGCAAGAAGCAGCGAGACACCGGACCGUUCGUGAUGGCGCAGGUGAAGCGGGGCGUGGGAGUCGGAGAGAUCGCCGAGCACAUCCUCGCGGCGUGGACGGAGGCGACGGGAGGCGAGCGCAACAAGAGGGCCAAGACUUGACCGAAACGACGCGACGGAUGCGUAGCGUCAGUCGGCGUUCUCGCCUGUGAAUAUGUUAAAUCAAUCUAUCAACUCGAAUC